CACAAAGGAACUAGAACUAUAAAUGCCGUUGGGAGUCGAGAGUAGUCAAAUUUGAUUCAUAGUUGAAUCUAAUUAGAACACUUUCUUGUCUCCAAUAGUCAGCACUCUAAAGUCUACGAGAAAAUGAAAUUAUCCAUCUUAAGUCUUACGGUAAUGGCCAUUUUCCUGGCAUCUUAUUGCUGUAUUGCCGUGCCAGCGAAAAGCUUCAAGAAUGACGUUGUUAUGGAGAACGAGCAAGUAUUGGAUCCUCUCGGCCCAAUGAUUCUACGCUGGACAAUCAUCAACGAAACGUCCGAAAUAGAAAUUGAAGUCCAAACUAACUGUACCGGCUGGAUGGGAGUUUCUUUUGGAAAUGGAUUGGGUUUCGGUAGACCAGGUGCUCAAGGCGACCUGAUGAUUGGUGGCUAUGACGAUGAACUGGGUAUCGGCUACAUUGAAGACAGAUGGAUAGAUUUGAGUGUUUUGUCGGAAAUCCAACCAGGAGGUGGAGAAUUCGAUGACCAUAUCGACGUCUUUCUGACGAGUGCUACUUAUCAGGAACCAUGGUCCAUUAUUCGCUAUCGACGCAGCAUUGACACUGGCGACUCGCAAGACGCUGUCAUUAGGCCUGGACCUAUGCUAGUCAUUUGGACUUAUGCUGAUUCUGACAAUACGUCUAUUCCGCAUCAUCCAGAUACGCCGGGAAGCUCCCAGGUGACCUUCAUCAACCUUUAAAAAUGAAAAAAAAAACAGCCUGGUACUUGAUAGUUGUUAGAAUGAUCA